AGUUUACAACAUUUGUAACUUCAAAAUGUACAGCAAAUUUCGUCCUUGAAGUAUUAUCUUGUGCAUUUGGUUUCAUUGGCAUAACAAUAAAAUAUUAUUCAUUUUGCAUUAAUAGUGAGACUAUGAAAGAUUUAAUGGAACAGCUUCAACGUAUCUUUAACGAUUUGAAAGAUAGUAAUGAAAUUGCCAUCAUAGAAAGAUACGGAAAAAACGCAAAAUAUUACACGGCUAUAUUGACCAUAUUCAUUAUUUGCAGUGUGUUCGUUAUCACGAGCGCUCAAAUAUGGCCGGAUAUUUUGCAAAUUAUUUCAUCCGUAAACAAAUCUCGAUCACGUCAAUUGUAUAUUUUGACUGAAUAUUUCAUUGAUGAAGAAAAAUACUUCUAUUAUCUACUACUACAUAUAAAUGCAGCUAUUUCUAUAGGAUUUAUUGCAGGAGCAGCAACAGGGACAACGCUGAUCGCAUAUUUCCAAUAUAUGUGCGCAAUGUUUGCAAUUGCCAGUUACCGUAUCGAGAACGCAAUAAUGAUUCAUAUAUCGCAAGAUAUUAUCUUGCAGAACAGGAAUUUGAUUUAUAUGAGCAUAAAAAGUGCUGUAGAUAUUCAUCGAAAAGCUAUGGAGUUCUGUACAUAUUUGAUAUCUAAAUUUGAGAUAUCAUUCUUCUUUUUAAUAAUAUGUGGAGUGAUGACUUUAAGCCUGAAUAUUUUUCGAUUUUUUCAGAUCGCAUCAUCAACAUGUAAUAUUGACGAACUUGUAAUACCCUUUAUAGGUGCAUGUACUAGUCUUUUAUACAUGUUCGUAGCAAACCUAGUCGGACAAGAAAUUACAGAUCACUAUAAUUAUAUAUAUGUUGCUGUAUAUAAAAUUCAAUGGUAUAUAACUCCGAUAGAGAUACAAAAGCUGAUAUUGAUUCUCAUACAAAGAAGCAACAAAACUUUUGGUCUGAAUAUUGGUGGAUUAUUUAUAGCAUCCAUUCAAUGUUUUGCUUCGUUAACAAACACAUCUUUAUCCUAUUUUACAGUCAUGUAUUCUAUACGACAAUGAUACAAUCAUCAAAUUAUGCAAUUAUGUAAUUAUGUUACUGAGUCACAUAUUAC